GGCCAACUCAUCCUUCAAGGAAGACAGUUUGCUGAUCUCAGGCCCAUCUUUUCACGUUGAUCUGGCAGGUUUAGAUGCCUUCCAUCCGGUCCACUACAGCAACCGUCUCCUAAUAUUCCGUUGCACUUCCUCUGCACAACGAGACGCGCAACUCUCCGCAGCCAAGACUGGUUUGCAGGCUCUCGUCAAUCGAUGUCCCAUGCUAGGUGGCAUCGUUGUCCCCCUACCACUUAAUGAUGCCAAGAAUGGAAAAGAGGAUUGGCGAACAAUUGUGCCUGACAAGGGCAUCGAACUUGUUUUGAGAGACUUACGAACAAAACUGCUUUCCUUCAAUGAGCUCGAGGCCGCCGAGUUCCCAGCUCUGCAGCUUCCUUAUGACCUGCUCACGCCUGUACCUCCUGAUAUCGGUAACGAUCGUCCAUAUGCUGCAUUUAAAGUGCAGUUCGGCGUCAUCGAAGGAGGUACCAUCAUAACGAUCGCUAUCUCACACUCUGUUGGCGACGGUUCCGGGACGAAUGAGCUGACAAGAGUACUCGCCGAGGAGACAAGACGAUCACAAGCGUCCUCUAGCAGCGCCGUGACGAGUGGGGAUCUCUCUGAGGCUGCAUCCAUGGUGGACCGGAGUGCUCUGCGAAAUCUGAAGAGCAACGGCCCGUUCAAUAUUAAAGACCACCCAGCAUAAAGAUGGAACUAUGCUCCUCCAGAAGGUGCUCCACAACUGGAAAACCCAUCUUCCCAUCCAUUCGAGGCCUCGGCACCGGAAACCGCUGUCCUCCUCCACAUAUCUACAGCCAACCUCAAGAAGCUCAAAGCAGAUGCCACGACACCAGAUGCCCCGUUUAUAUCUACACACGACGCACUUGCCGCUCUCAUAUGGCAAUCUUCUCUCCUCGUCCGCAGCCGCCGUUCCGCCACAGCCCAGAACCUU